AUGUGGCAUGGUUCUCCUGAAGAUCCGUCUAUUCAGUUGGCCAUGCCGCCAGGUUUUAGUUUCUUGCAAGUGUUGAGGCCUCAUGAUCCUUACCAUGGUGGUCUUAUUGUUUUUUUCAAGAAGAUGUUCAAGGCCAGGAAAAUUGAAGUUCCGGUUUUUCAAACCUUCGAGACUAUUAUAGUUGAAUUUUCUUUUGAGCGUCGCAAAGUUUUUGUUUUUGGUAUUUACAGACCAGAUUCAAAAUUGGUCACAUUUUUGUUUUUUGGUGAGCUGACAUCAGUGUUAGAACACUUAUUUGCAUUGGGUGAUGGUUUGAUAGUGGCUGGUGAUUUUAACAUCCAUAUUGAAAAGCCUGGUGAUACGCACUCAAUUAAUUUGCUUAAAAUAUUUGAUUCGUUUCAAUUAACAAACGAGGUUAAUGAGCCUACCCAUAACUUGGGUGGCACACUUGAUUUAGUUGCGUCCACUCCUGAUAUUCCUUUGUCUAAUUGUAGAGUGGAUCCCAGUGAUGUUUAUUCAGAUCAUGGUCUGAUUAAUGUUUCAUUCUCGGUCAGUGUCAAGCUACCAUUGACAACAAGGCGCGUUGAAAGGUUUGGCGACAGUUCCGUCUACGUCGAAGGAGUGCGAGUGUAUGUAGUAAGGAUUUUUCGUCUGACCUACCGCGAUCACGUCACCAACAUUGAGUUGAGAAGAACACAACAGCCUUCCGUUUCCUCACUCCUGUUAAGGUGUCAUCUAAACUUCUUUGAUCACAUAGCUCUUGCCAGUCUAUGGAGGAUCAUUACCGGGUCGAUCAUUACCGACCACCACCGAACUGGACUCGACCGCGUGACUGUCCAAGACAAUCAUGGAUCUGCUAAUCAACUACGGUCCUUACUCAGUCUGUAG